GCAGCAACAGACCACAUCCCAAGAAACAGAAGGAAUUGAACAGGUACCGUUGGAAAGUAAUUGGGGCUGCAAAUUUUGUAGAUCGAGUUCAUAGUGGUAUUUUACCUUCAUCCAUGUCUGUGGACGAGCAGGUUGAAUUACAAAUAAACAUCACUGUGGGCCCUAGUAAGGAUUCAACGGUGGGACUCACAUAUUCUUCACACCACGGUAAAGUGUGGUGAGCGCCUCAAUUCACAAUCCUCUUCUACGGCCAUCUACCUUUGCCCUUUGUGUCUCCCUUCUCGGACUCUUCCUCUGAAAUGGCCUUCUUCUCCUCAACUCUCUUCUUCAACCUCCAUCUCUUCCUCACCAUCUUCCUCUCAUUCUCCGGGACCGAUCCCGUAUCGGGCUGUUACAACUCCAUCUUCAGUUUCGGCGACUCUCUCACCGACACCGGAAACUGGCUCUACAUCAAUAGCUCUUCCAACAUCGGCAAUUUCCCCUAUGGAGAGACUUUCUUCCACCAUCCAACCGGCCGAUCCUCCGAUGGGCGUGUGGUUGUCGAUUUCAUUGCUCAAGCAUUUGGACUUCCAUUUCUGCCACCAUAUCGUGCAUGUUCGGACGGUCGAGAUCUUCGGCAUGGAGCGAAUUUUGCAGUCGCGGGGGCUACUGCGAUUGAUGCUGCCUCCUACGAAGAGAAGAAGAUUGGAGGUGUGGUAGCGAAUAUAUCUUUGGUCGAUCAGAUCGAGUGGUUCAAAGGACUCUUGCCUUCUCUUUGCCUCUCAUCAUCAGGCUGCCGCAAAUUCCUGAGAGGAUCUCUUUUUCUGGUUGGAGAGAUUGGCGGCAAUGAUUACGCCCAACUGUUCAGUAAUGGAUGGAGCUUAGAAAAGAUCCAGACCUUUGUUCCCCAAGUUGUUAGUACCAUUACUUCCGCAGUCGAUACGCUGAUCGAACAUGGAGCCAUGACACUUGUGGUCCCAGGUGGUCUGCCGUUGGGAUGCUUUGCCUCAGUUCUCACAUUUGGAGCGAGCUUGAAUAAGGAAGAUUAUGACAAUGAAACUGGUUGCCUAAAGAGAUGGAAUGAGUUACUCCAGUAUCACAACGAUCGACUGCAAAUAGAGCUGGACCGGAUGCGGAACCUCCACCCUCAUGUCAUCAUCAUCUAUGCUGAUUAUUACAAUUCUGCGAUGCGCAUCUACCGCUCUCCUCUUCAGUUCGGAUUUAGCAAGGGAGCACUCUCUGCAUGUUGUGGAAGCGGCGGUCCUUACAAUUAUAACUCCUCUGUCCUAUGUGGUACUCAUGAAGCACGAAUCUGCAAUGACCCAUCGUUGUAUUGGAACUGGGAUGGAAGCCACCCCACUGAAGGUGGGCAUAGAAUGAUUGCAGACGAUGUAAUCAGUGGACCAUAUGCCUUUCCACCCAUUACUUGUCCAUGUCUGCAACUAGCAUCACAUGUUAAAUAUCCUCAUUACCACACCAAGAGCCAGAGUUUCAGGGCAUCGGUGUAGCAUAUCGUAUCAUUGAUAUGUUACACAAUAGCUGGUGCAAAAAUAUUAGUUGGCAAAUAUGGUGAAUGUAUUGUAUGCCUGCACGCGAUAUUCCAAUCAAUGUUUAUUCCACAAUAGUGGAAUAUAAAAGUAAUGGCUAUUAGCACUUUGGGGUUC